ACAAGAUGGACGAUAGCACGAGACGUUCGGCGCGGCAACGCAAGCAAGUCUACCAUUACAAUGCUCGCGAUGAUACCCCUAUCCCAAAGAAGGUGAAACGGCCAAGGAGACCGACAAAGGCCGUGGAAUCCACUCCGGAACUCGUCAAAACAAAGCCAUCAGCAAGGCCAAGCGGUAGCCAACGAUCCAAGAUCCCGCCAUCUGACGACGAGUCUGAUGAUGAGUUUGAGGAUGCGCCAGCUUCAAUAGACGUACUUGAGCAAUCGACUUCAGCAGUCGCGUCUAUCGCCCCCGACCCCACGUUUGCCAUGGGAAAUCGCCACGCCACAGACUACUUUUCGUCACGCAAGAUCCGUACUGGCUCGUCCUAGAUGCAAUCAUAUCAUGCAUCAUGUUAGGGAAAAAGUCGAAAGACGACAAGAAGGCCGCGACGCUGGCGCAAUUGGACGCCGACGACAUCCGCCUGGCACUGCAAGACUGGGACGCUAGCUGCAUCGACACUGUCAUCCCCGACCAGCUGGCCAUGUAUUCCGGUCGCUUUGCUCAAUGGGAGCACCAACUCAUCGCAGGCUUCAACCUUUUGUUCACUGGUCUUGGGUCUAAACUGCAGCUGCUCCAGUCGUUUGCAUGUCAUUUGAACCACAUGCACGUGCUUCAAAUCCACGGGUACCUUCCGUCCGUGUCCAUUCGAUACGUGGUCACGACUUUGUUUGCCAAUCUGUUCAACCAAAAACCUCCCGCAAACCGAUCCGUUGAAGAACAAUGUAUGGAAUGUGCUCAUUUGCUGCACACGUCCCCCCCGUCCGUGUCGGUUUGCCUUGUCAUUCACUCCAUCGAUGGCAUCUCCCUCCGCGGCGCCGGCACCCAGCGCGCACUCAGCAUCCUCGCGGCCUGCCGCUUCAUUCACGUCGUCGGCAGCAUCGAUCACUUGAACGCUGCGUCGUUGUGGGAAGAGUCUGACACGAAGCGGUUUGGAUGGCUCGAGCACAUCGUGCACAUGUACGCGCCUUAUACGAAUGAAACGCUCGUGUCGACGACGUGGGGCAGCAGGGGAAAGACAGGGGCGGCUCCCACCGCCGUCAGCGGUAUCAAGUACAUCCUCGAGAGUCUCACGCCCACCGACUUGGCGGUUCUACGGGCCCUUGGCACUCAGCAGCUCAAGGACGGCGGCAGCAUGGUCGAAUACAAACCGUUCGUUGACCAGUGUCGCAAAGCCAUGCUCGUGAGUUCCGUGCAAGCCAUGCGGAACGCCAUCGCAUGUUUGACCGAGCACGGCCUCGUCGUGACCAACAAAGCCGACCAGAUGCGCGUUCCAUAUGGAGACCACACGAUUCAGCACACGAUCCUGGGUCUCAACCCCCCUGCUGAGGACGACGGGGAAGGCGAAGAAGGUGAGAAAGAAGAUGGGCAUGAAGGCAACGCCAUUGCCGAAUCGGUGGCAACAGAGUAGUAGUAGUGCCGACGUAGGAGAAUAAUGACUCGCGUGGAAUAGAGUGUACAAACACCCUUUAUAAAUAUUGAAACAAGUACAGAGUGAUUUUGC